AGGUGAACGAAAUUUUUUGCUGUCCAAGUCAACUAUAAAAUGCUAAGAGAUUUAAUUACGUGGGUCUUAAAUACCUACCUGGGCAAUUAUUUGGAAAACUUAAAUUCUGCCCAAUUAUCUGUGGCUUUGUUAUCAGGAGAAGUUGAGUUGGAAAAUGUUCCUAUACGAAAAGAUGCUUUACGGUCCUAUGGAUUACCAGUUGAGGUAUCCUCGGGGACUAUAGGCAAAAUUAAACUACAAGUGCCGGUUCGUCAGUUUAGAACUUCACCUUGGCGAAUAACUGUAAAGGAUAUAUUUUGCGUUAUAUGCCCAAAGGAUUUUGAAAACUGGGAUUACGCUAAAGAAAAGCUACUGGACUUAGAAUUUAAGCUUUCUAUUUUGGACAAAGCUGAAUCAAAAUGGCGAUCUGAAAAAGGAAAACAAGUUGAAUCGUAUUAUUUUUCUUCAUAUAAUAAUUGGCUAAAGUUUGGAACAAGCAUGGCUACAAAUAUCAUUGAUAACAUUGAGCUACAGAUCUCCAAUGUGCAUUUCAGAUAUGAAGACCUAAUUGACAUAGGUAAUAUUAAAAUUGCAGCUGGUAUAAAAAUUGGCUCGCUAACGGCACAAAGCUGUGAUUCGAAUUGGGUUGCCGGCUCAAGUAACACAACCAAUAAUGAGAUUAACUACAAAAUUGUUGAAUUAAAAGAGCUAGCAUUAUACUGGGAUACAUUAUUCAACGAAACAAAAUGUCAAAAAUAUUCAAACCAAGAGCUGCAAGCUAAUAUGGGUCCAACUUGCCAAUCGCGACCACAUCAGUUCAUAAUAAAACCCAUGUGUGCAAUAGCCAGAUGGAAACGUGAAAAAUGUCUACAUGUGAUAAAUUCAAAGGAUAAGCCGAGGGUUUCAUGUGAUCUAAUAAUGCCUGAAGUAAUUGUUGUGUUAACGAAGGACCAACAUGAUCAAAUACAUGAUAAGCUGGUUAGCAUUCGUCGAAUAAGGGAGAUAAGUCAAUAUAGGUUAAAGCGUCCUAACACCAAUAUAUUAGAUAAUCCUAAAGCAUGGUGGACAUACGCUCUUAUAUGUUAUGGUCAUCCUCUUAAAAAACGAGAAGAAAAGCUGCUGACAGUAAAGGAGAACAUACGUUAUAUGAGACUAUACCAAGCUACAAUUUUGAAUCCAAACGAAAAUUUAUCUAAAGAAGAUAAAGAAUUCAGGCUAUAUGUGGAAAGUGACAGAAGCGUUACAGAUCUAAUGGUUUUGCGCAGAAUAUGCUUUGAAAAUGUAUUUAACCAAGGACUUUCUAUCAAAUCCUACAACGUAAAAGGCAAGCAUAUGCUUUUUCAUUGGUUUCCAAAUUGGAUGGGCUGGUACAGUAUCAAUUCAGCAAAUUCUAUUGAGUCAGAUGAAACCUUGCAAAACAUUGAGGACGAUAUAUUGGGAGCAUUGGAACACUCAUUACAAAAUUCUGCUCAUUUAAAAAGUGAUGCGCUGUUUGGAUAUUUUACCAUUGAACUUCAUAAGGGUGUACUAAUUUUACAAUCAACUGAUGCAACGUUUAUGAAGAAGACAAAAUAUAUGGAAGUGGAAUUCAACACUCUUAAGUCAUUUCUUCGACUUAAUCCGUUUUUUACAUCUUAUAAAAUGGGAAUAUCACUUGGACAAGUUUAUUUAUUGGAUAAGACUAGCGAAACAAAUAAACAUUGCUAUUUAAUUAAACCUCAGAUCACAGUUUCGCCUUCUACCGACAAUUUUGAUACUGAAAGUGUUACAUUUAAUGAAAAUCCAUUAUUUCAGUUACAAUAUGAUAAUGAUGAUCAAUUGCAAUGUUGUCUUAGAAUUAAAUCAAAAACAUUGGACUUAAUCUAUAAUAAGGAUGCUAUUGAAUGGCUAUUAGAUUUUUUAAAAUUUCAAAAUUCAACUAAUAACGUUAUUCAUAAGGAUCAACAAUUCUUAAAAUCGUGGAAUCAGCUAUUUAUUGGCAAUGAGACGAAUCGAAAAAGUUGGAUUUUUGAAAUCGAAGUAUUCGCUCCUCGAAUUAUAUUUUUAGAAGAUUACACGAUUCAUAACUCAUUGAUGGUCCUAAUGGAUUUUGGAAAAUUUCAAAUGGCCAAAACUGAUGUUCAAAAAAAUAUACUUUCUCAAAAUUUUGAGAACCACGCUUGUGACGGCAGCAAUAGUGAUGAAGAAGAAACGUUUUUAACUCCAUGUUCUACUCCACCUGCGUCAGAAAAAAGUGGUUCUGAAUCCACUGUUGUUGAAAGUCUGAACACAAACUAUCAGUUUGAAUCUGCACUGCAUAGCAAGAUAUAUAAUAAAUAUUCUAUUAAUUUUACUAGCUUACAAGUUUUAGUUUGUAAAUAUCAAGAAAGAUGGCAAGCGAGCUUAAAAACUUCAUCGAAUUACCAUUUGAUAGAUAAAUUUAACAUUAAUCUAACAAUUGAGCAACGUACUGUAUUCACAUCAGAUCCAAAGUAUCCGUCGUUAACAGUACUUGGAGUUUGUCCUAUGAUUUUAAUACAUGGUAAUGAGCACAAAAUAAAAAAUGUAUUAAACAUAAUAUAUCCAAUUACCACAAACUUCCGGAAUAGAGACGAAUCCUUUUCUGAUAUUAAGGAAAAUCCAAGUGUGGAUAAAAAAUCAUGCAACUAUUAUGACGAUGAAUAUCAUUUAGAAGCUCACUUUUCUAUUGGACAACUUAUUAUUGAAAUUCAGUCAAUGGAAAAAAGUAUUGCUGAAUUGCAAAUUAUUGGAGCACAAGCUGGUUUGAAUUCUACAUCUGAAGAACAAAUAUUAACAAUGUCAGUGCAUGGAUUACUGCUUGUGGAUGCCAUACAAUCAUUCGGCUCUGACUUCGAAUUACUAAUUGCAAGUCAUCGAAAUGUUGGGAUGGACAACUUUUCCGGAAGCCUUAAACAGAGUGGUACUUGCUCUCCAGUUACACCAAACUCGCCUGAAAUAUCGGAUCCUCAAAGACCAAUGACUCAACAUAUUAUUAAAAAUGCGGUGCACAAUAUUCAACAUGAAGCAACGUUCGUCACAGAAGAGACCAAUCUUAACGCCUUAAUAACGAUCGAAAUCAAGUUAAAUAAUCUCACUUAUCUGCAGACUUCGAAAGUUUCAUUUAACAGCCUGGAUAUUAUAGCCAAUCAGGAAACUAUACUCGAAUUGUUGAAUUUUGCUGAAAGAACAUUUUGUGGCCUGAAUGUGACAAAAGGCAUAAAUUGCAAAAAACUUAAUGAGCAUAUUUCAGACCCAAAGGAACUAAUAAGGUCAAUAAAUCAUGAAAUCCUGUUCGACUUUUAUCGAUUGAAUAUCUUGGUGUUAUACACUAUCAAACAAGAUAAAUUCAAUAUAGCAAAGAAAGUUUGCACACUUACUAUAAAUAAUGCGAAAAUAAAUGUCUCCCUGCACAAAUGCUUAUCAAUAACUGGCUCGUUGGGAGGAAUACAAAUAAUUGACAUAACUCCACAAGGAAAUCAUCAUCCCGAAAUACUUUCCAUAGGAAGAGAUCCUGAAUCCGGAUUCAACCGACAGUCGGUUCUUAAUAAAUUAUGUCAUAAAAUGUAUUUUUAUGAUUCCGACGCGGAAAAAUGUGACUUAAUUGAUGCGCUUAGUUUUCAAAAUCAAUGGAACGAAAAUAAUGACAUAAGUCUGAAUGUGCGAAUGGCAUCAGUAUGUUACACUCACUCACCAAGAUUCUUGAAAGACUUCAACUUUUGUAUUACUAGCUUUGAACGACGAUUAAGAGAAUUUUUGACGUCAAUUGGAAGUAAAGCAACUGACAUGGCAAAAGAUUUUGUUCAACAAAUAAAAGAUGCAAAUGAUGAUACAAAACCGUCACAUCAAAACAAAUAUUCGAUGAUUUCAUCUGAUAUUGUUAUCAACAGUCCAAUUAUAAUUCUUCCUAUAUCACCUGAGAGUAAGGAAGUCCUUAUUGCUAAUUUGGGAAAAAUAUGUUUAAGUAACGAAGACAAUAUAGAGGAAUCUGGAAGUAUACGUGAUGAUAUGGUUGAAAAAUAUACAAUGGAAGUUAAAAACAUUAACUUGUUUUCAUUAAAUAUGUGUGAGCACAUUAACAAUAUGACGUCAACGUUAUUAGCGACAGAAGUAACUCAUUCAAAUAAAUCUGAUGUAUUUCCAAUAUUACAUAACACUGCAAUAUCUCUAAUUUUACAUGUUGGUUAUACAAAAUCUAUUAAGAAUGAACGGCAAUUUCAUACUUUUUUGCUUGAAGGUAGCAUGAUUGAAACACUCAAGCUCACACUUAAUAAAAAGCAUUACAAAAAUAUAAUAGAAUCAAUUGAACACGCAACCAAUUUUUCGAACGAUAUAUCUACCAACAAUGAAAAAUUAAACAUAAAGUGUUCACGUGAAACAAAAUUAAUCUAUAGCGAAGCUCAUCGACUGGAUACAACGAUAAUAUUUUCGAUACCUGUUCUUCAAAUAAAUUUACAAAAUGAGUUUCAUGAGGAUUUGGUUAAUGUGACUUUUAAGGAUUUUUUCAUAAAAUACCAUUUAAAAGGAUGUGAUACAGAUCUAAAAAUUAUAUUAAACUCUGUACUUUUAGAAGACUUGAAGACAGAGGUAAUAUCACCAUUUAGGAAUAUGGUUACGUCAAUUAAUGUGGAUAAAUCUCAUAAGAAAAAAGGACAACUCUCGACAUCGUGUCCUAAUUUACCAAGUUGUUGCAAUGCAGAUAAAAUCACAUAUACAUCAGUUCCAUCCAAUCUAUGCGAAUAUUUUAAUUUGAAAGUGCAUUAUAGAGAACCCAACACUGUCUUACCCUAUUUAAAUGAAAUAAUCAGUGGUGACUGUCCUAAUUUAGUCAUCUAUAAGUCCCGCAGUAAUCGAUCAAUUAAUGAGCAGAACACAAUUCAAAUCGUGAAAGAACAUUCACUUGAGUUUAAUUGUUUAAGCCUAAUUAUUUGCGUAGACAGAUGGUGUUCAAUAUUCGAUUUUUUUGGCUUAACUUCUGAAGGAAAAAUGUAUGAAAAUCCAUUGGGAAAGAAAAAUUUUACCACAUCCGAAAGUUUAUAUGAACACUCCAACAAAUUUAAUGUAUCUAUAAGAUCAUUGAAUUUUACGCUUACACGAAAUGCUUUGGCGUUAGCAAAAAUGAAUAUAUCUAAUGCUACUUUUACAAUAACUCAUGAGUCUGCCUUUAAAGCUGUUGAGGGUUGCUUAGGAUCAAUUGCUGUACAUGAUCUUACUAAGUUUGGAAUCUUAUACAAAGAAAGAUUUGUAACGGAUGGAACUGAAGCACUUAAUUUUGUAUACAAAAGAAAGCUUAAUGAAGUGGAUACUCAAAGCAACAUAAGCACCGAUGCAGUAUUAUGGAUAAACAUGUCGUCCGUUCAUUAUAUACACACGAAGCGCUUUAUAGUGGAACUUCAUUUAUUUGUCAAAGACUUACUGCAACUCCAAUCGCCUGUAAUAAAUAAACUAAAGAAACGUAAAUCAGACAAUGAUCAAAACUCACAGCCCUCAAAAGUAAAGCUUUGCAUAAAAGCAGGUUCACCAGUUAUAGUGCUUCCAGUUUGUUUUAACAGCAAGCACGUUCUUAUUGCUUAUCUUGGACAACUAACUUUAAAAAACAGUUUCCACUUUGCCAAAGAUAAAUAUAUGGAUAAUGACGAAAUUUUUCCCAGCCAAGAGGAAAUUCUAGAUGUUAUGCACAUUAAUUUGGUUAAUAUCAACUUAUUUUCUGGUAAACGAGUUAUGAAAAUUGUGGAAAAAGAGCUUCAUAAGAAUAUUGCUAAUAAUAGCUAUCUGAAGGGAAAUCAAAUAUUUAAGGAAUCCUGCCAUCUUUAUCUUCAAGUUGAACGUAAUCUUACAACGAGCUAUAAACGCGUUUGUCCAGAUAUAAGUAUAAAGGGCACGUUUUCAAAAUUAAACGCAACACUCACUGCUCAAAACUAUAAACUAAUAAAAGGACUUAUAAACAAUAAUAUUGGUGAACAUAUUGAGGAUGUUAAUAGCAGCUUUUAUAAUCAAAGACUUCCAUCCUUUGGAACAUUCUCUGCAUUAAAUUUAUUUGCAAAAAACGAAGACAUAAAAUCUGUUACAACAUUAAUUUCUAUAAGGAUAUUAUUGGAAGAUGUUUCAAUUUUGCUUGUCUUAAAUACAAACACUGUUCCCGAUUUUGUUCUCGAGCCUCUAGCUUGUGUACAUUUUAUUAGAUCGCAAUUGCAGAUUGAUAUGUUCAACGAUGGUACACAUGACAUUGAUUUAAUAUCGAGUAAUAUUUUAAUAGUUGAUGAGCGCCCUAACAAUAGUAAACAUAUUAAUAAUGUGUUUAAAAAUAUUUUACAACCUUCAAAAAAAGAUAAAUUACCCAAACACUCGGCACAGGUCGAAAUUCAUUGCCGAAAAAGAUCGAAUAUAAGCAAGUACACAAUAAUGUUAAAUGAUAUGCGAAUAAUAGCUGUCUUAAAUUUCAUGGAACGAUUUAAAAUGUUUUUAGAAGAUGAUUAUUUUGCUACUUGUAAUAAAACAUCAUCUCAAACACUACAAACGGAUAAUCUUCAAUCAAGUGAUAGUUCUGUGCAAGAAUUUAUAAUAAAUAUUACCGAUUCGGAAGUAAUAUUUGUCGAACAAUGCAAUCAGCUUGAUUCCAAUGCAAUUAUACUAAAGAGUACAACAGUAAUUUCAUAUAAACCACAUAGUAUAACAAGUCCACUUUCUGUAAACAUAAAUCAUUUAGAAAUUUUUUCAUGUAUCUUAGAUUCAGAAGAGGAUAGUGCUCUAUCAAUAAUUGAUCCAUUUACAUUAAACAUUGAAAUGAAAAACAAUUGCUUAAAUAUAGUUAUCCAAAAACAAUUAAAUAUUCGAUUGUCAUACAUUGAUAUGAAAAUAUUUUUAAAAAUGGUGAGCUUAAUCCCGAAACAAUCUUCAUCGUCGCAAAAUAUUUUAACGAAAUCAAAUUCGGAAUUUGAAAAAAUAGCUCCCCUGGUGGCGAUGGGAUUUGAUAUUAAAAGCUGCUUGGAUGCAAUGGAAGUAAAUAAUUGGAAACUAAAUGAAGCUGCUUUAUGGCUUUCGCAACAAAAGCAUAGCACAGUACAAAAUUCCGUAUUGGAGCUAAAAACUGUUAUUCUCGACGCUAAUGUUAUUUCACUCUGUGUAAUUGAUGACUGCAUGGAUGCUGAUGUACCACUUCUUGAAAUAUUAUUAUCAAAAACACAAUUUAAAUAUAAAUUUCAAGUCAAUAUGCUUCAGACCAGCGAAAGUUCUGACAAAUUUAGUGAAGGUGAUCUGGAUACGGAAAUGGCAGUAAAUUUUUAUAAUCGGCGACUAAGCGGAUGGGAGCCACUUGCAGAAUUGUGGCAAUGCUCAGCAAAAUGGAAAUAUAGAUUGACAAAACUUGAUAAGGGGAAUAUCGAUGUAAAUAUAAGCAGUAAACAAUUAUUAAAAAUCAAUAUUACAUCAACAUUUAUUGAGCUAUUUAAUAUAGUUCUCAAGAAUUGGACAAAUGAUUUUUAUAACCACACUUUGACCGAUAGUAUGAAAACUACGAAUUUCAGGCAAAGAACGCCUUUUAUUCCUUUCGCACUUCAAAACCUUACUGGUUCAGCAAUGCUUUUUAAGCCAAUUUAUGCUCAGCUAGGAGACUUAACGUGCUCCGAUUUCCACCAACAAGAAAUAAUUAAAAAUUGGAUUUCUGUACAACCGAAUGAAAAAAAAACAUUUGAUUUUAGUCAGAAAAGAAAGUUAAGGCACAACGACUCUCAUCUCUUAAACAUACAUCAAAUAUUGGUUCAAAUUCAUGGAUGGUCAUUGAUUGGUCCAAUUUCUAUAGACAAAGUAGGCAAAUACUUUCGAACAACAAUUUCUGACACAAAUUAUGAAAAAAAAAGGCAAAUUGUUUUUGAUAUUUCUCUGAUGGGAUCAGCACAAAAACUUAUUAAUGUAAUGUCACCAUUAAAAGUAAUAAACAAAUUGGAACAUAAGAUGUUUUUAAGAAUGGUGUCAAAUAGUAAUGAAUCUGACACUGUUACUACUAUAACUGAUAUAAGUCCUUAUAAAGAACAAUGCGUACCACUCAAGUAUGUCGAUUCAUUGUUAUAUAUUUCUCACAUACUACCUGAAUCUAAAAUGAAAAAGAAUUCUAUUUAUAUGGAGAAGACAGAAUUAGGGAUUGAGGAAAUUAAUUGGAAGCAAUACGUGAAUGACUUUCAUCAAAGGUUGCAUAUUUCCUACGAUAUUGAUAAAACCGUAUUGUACACACUUAUUAACAUAAAUAGAGACAUUUAUCCCAGCAAAGAACAAAAUGUACCAGGACACUCUAUUGUACUUUUGCCUCCUUUAAUGUUAAGCAACAUGCUCUGCUGUGAAUUAACUUUUAAUAUAAAUGGUAGCAAUUCGGGCCGAGUCAACGCUUUUGAAAACAAAAAUAUAUAUAAUAUAAACAUUUAUGAACCUAUAAACUUGAGCAUCACUCUAGAUAAUUUUCACGUUUCCGGGCAAUUAAAAGUACCUACAAAUCACGUGGGACUUGUUGAACCAAAGCUAAAAUUAAUUGAUAUUAAUAAUAGAGAAUUACAUCUCCAUGUCUCUAUCCAAUCUUUCAAAGGAAAAGGAAUAGAAAUAUACGUAAGCGCGCCGGUUUGGAUAGUUAAUAAAACAGGUCUACCAUUAAUAUAUAAACAAGAAGGCACAAAUAAUAUUUCUGCUGGACAAUUUGAUGAACAUGAAACAGCGCGUCAAGUUUCUCCCUUAAUGUUUUCGUUCUCGGACCAAGAAGGCUCCCCCUCACUGGAAGUGCGCCUGGGUAAUAGCUUCGGCUUCAAAAAUCAGUGGUGCAAAAGUUUUAGUAUGGUGAAGAGUACCACGUUUCGAGAAUUAAGAACGGAAAAUGGGCCGGGCUCAUACACUAUUGGUAUUAGUGUUCGUCGGGGGAAAGGAAUAUAUUCGUGCACUACAUUUGUUACACUGUCACCACGUUUUCAUCUCUACAAUAAAACUGGAUCACGGCUGGAGUUUGCACAAAAAUGUGAUGUUCAAAACCAUGAUAUAACGAGUUCCCGUAGUGUUAUUACGGCGCCAGUUAAUUGCAACUUUCCAUUUCACUGGACAAAUUGGGAUCGUGAACCAUUAUUAUGCAUUCGACUUCCAGAUGUUGAGUGUUGCUGUUGGUCAAAAGGCAUACCAAUAAAUGAGUCUCAGAGUCUGUACAUUAACAUCAGAAAUGAAUGGUGUGAAAUGUUUUUUCUCAGAUUGGAAAUUAUAUUUAGGGAUGCUACUUUUAUGCUUUUAUUCACCGAUGCUCGAAGCCUGCCUCCUCCAAUAAGAAUUGAUAACUUUUCUGAGGUGCCGAUCAAUUUUUCCCAAAUGGGCUCAAAACCUAUUUGGUCUACACCAGUUCGAGCACAGUCAUCUUUGUCAUAUGUUCUUGACGAUCCAUUGGGAAUACAUUCAUUGCUUAUAGAGGCUCCUGGCGGCAACCUAAUUGAAUGUCCAAUAAAUAUCCCAAAAUCUUUACAAAUGCUAACUUAUUCCAAUUUUAUAUACAUUGCUUUCAUUGACACCUUUGCUCAACAUGAAGAUAACGAAGGUAACAAUGAAAACCAAUAUGAGCAAUUAGUAUUGGGCGUAUGUAACAAGCAAGUUGUAAUAAUGGAAAAAAAUUUUGGAGAUAGAUCGCAAUUAUGGUUAAUGAAUUCUAAUGGCCAAUUAGAACACGAGGGAUCAACACCUCCCAUACAAUCAAAUGAAGCAAAUACUGUGCGAUUGGUAUUAGAUUUGGAAAAGCCACCGAACCCUUCGGAGCUUACAGCUCUAGUUGUUCGAACUCCAAAUAAACAAAGAAUAACAACGCAAACAUGGAGAUUUGAAAAUGGCCGCUUAAUGUGUCACGCUAAUAUGUGCGUCCAGGCCUUCAAUGGAAAACAUGGACUCUGCCCAAAUUCACAGGCUGUAUUGGGGCGUGUAAAAUAUAAUUUUGGCGAUGGUACCUCUACACCUAUUGAACAACACCUUAUUCCGCAAAAGCUGAGACCUGGAUCGGGUCAAUUGGAAAUAUGUGCAAAUAUGGAUGGACCCAUUUGUACGGUACAAGUGAAAGAUAUUAAGAUAAAUAUGAAGGAAGUACAUUUGGCACCGGACCUUAUGUGGACUCAUGCGUCUUUCACUAAUAGACAAAUGUCAGAAAACGGGAAGAACCAGGCCACACUGGAUUAUAUGAUUAGCGUGGAUCUACCAAAAGGUGUUGGAAUAUCUCUUAUAACACUAAAGCCUUGUGAGGAAAUAAUAUAUAUAACGUUAGACAAUAUUUCCACAACAUUUAUGGAAACAUAUUCCGAAAAAUCAGUAGACGUACAUAUAUCAUACAUACAAGUUGACAAUCAGUUGCUGGAUUCUAUCAACCAAGUCUCAUUUCAUAGCUCAACCACAAAUGAUACCAAUAUUAAUGCAAAGGCUUUGGUGUUAAAAAUGAAACUCUUACCUACACCCAACAAGAACGCAUUGAUAUUUAAGUACUUAACGCUUGAUAUAAAGCCGUGCAUAAUGUAUCUUGAAGAAAAGCUGAUAUUAAAAAUGGCGUUUUUCCUUGGUUAUGGUAAAGAUCAUCAAGUAACAUCAUUUAUGCCAUAUGAAGAUGUUGAAGAAUUCACAUUAGAAAAGGAUAUGAAAAGAUACUAUUUUGAACAUCUUAGUAUUGGACCAACUCAGGUGCGGCUAUCAGCAUAUACAACUUCGAAAUUACCCGACGAUUUGCAAGCCAUUAAAAAAGUACUGGGUCUCACAUUGAUUAAGUUUGAAGAUGCUUUAAUAGAGUUUGAUCAGUUUUCGGAUAAAUACCACUUUGAAACUAUAGAUGUUUAUUUACGAACAAUGAAGAUACAUUACUUAAAUCAAAUCAAAUGGCACGCAGCUUCAAUCUUGGGAAGUGUCGAUUUUUUGGGAAAUCCUUUGGGAUUCGCCAACGAUCUCUCUGAAGGCGUUUCUGGAUUAAUCUUUGAAGGAUCAGUAAAAAGCUUAGUUAAGAAUGUUGCUCAUGGAAUUUCAAAUUCCACAGCUAAGUUGACAGAGACAUUGUCUGACAGUUUGGGAAAAGUAAUUUUGGAUGAUCAUGACAAUGAAACAAGACAACGAAUUCUAGAGCUUCAGUCAAAUACAUCUAGUGGUCAUUUAGCUGCAGGUAUAAAAGGAUUUGGCUUUGGUUUACUAGGAGGUGUUACAAGCAUUGUCAGGCAUACAUAUGAUGGUGCACAGUCUGAUGGUGUACAUGGCCUUUUACGUGGAUUAGGAUUGGGAUUAGUUGGUACAGUCACAAAACCAAUUAUUGGAAUGUUGGAUUUGGCUUCCGAAGCUGCAAGUGCUGUUCGUGAAACUAGUAAGGAUUCACAUCGUACAUCUCCUAAUCGAAAACGAUUGCCUCGAUGCGUUACAAGCGCGUCCGGUGGCCUUUUACCAUCAUACUCCAGUCGUCAAAGUAAGGGACAACAAUACCUUUACUUGAUAAAUCGUAGAAACUUUCUGGAAAAAAUAAUUUUUUAUGAGCCUAAUCUUUGGAGUGAUAAAGAGGCACGAUUACGGCUUCUUGUUUCUACUGAAUAUGUUCGAAUAUUUUCGCUGUUUGAAGAAAAUCCAACUGUUAUGUUUGAGUGCCACCUAAGUGAAAUUCUAUCAUGUCAUCCAUUAACAACUAAUGUGGGAAGCAACACCUUUUCUAUAUCUUAUUUUGAGAUAUCAACCAAUUUAACGAAAAUCACACGACCACGAGUGCGAUGCCGGACGGAGGAAUGCGCUGAGAGUGUCUCAAGAUGUAUAAAUUAUGCUAAAAGUGUCUUUGACGAACGGGAGUUGACGCUCACAAAAUACUUUUAAUAUAAUUGUAAUAGAAUAUUGAUAAUAAAAAUUAUUUUAGAUAAUUUA